GGCCGCUUUUCAUCACCGGCUGGUGAUCCUUGUCUAGGCUGCCUCAUCCUCGCGGAGCUCGCGACGGCUCGGGGCAGAGAGUCGCCGGGGCGCCCAGAAGCCCCGGGAAAGGACGAGGAGCGGGGCCGGGCCGGGCCGGCAAUGCCUCCAGCUGCUGCGGUGCCCGCCGGUGACCGAGCGCCCGCGGCCUUGGGGGCGCAGCUGGACCCCGGGGAGGCCAGGCUUUGAGGCGCUGGGGCCUAGUGCCCGCUGCGGCGGCUCAGAAGGGCCACAGGGCCCGCGCUCCCCAGCUUCCCUCGCUUUCUGCGGCCCCGCCUCGGCUCGCUUCCUCCGCCGCCGACCGCUAUGGCCUCCGCCGCCCGGGAGAGCGCGGGCUCCGGGCUCAGGCGGUCGCCACGGCUCCCGGCGCUGCGCGGGCUGCUGCUGCUGUGCUUGUGGCUGCCCAGCGGCCGCGCGGUGGGGUCGCCCUCCGCGCCGCUGUCCGACCUGCACGCGCAGCUCUCGGGAGUGGAGCAGCUGCUGGAGGAGUUCCGCCGGCAGCUGCAGCAGGAACGGCCGCAGGAGGCGCUGGAGCUGGAACUGCGCGCGGGCGGCGGCCCCCAGGAAGGCUGCCCAGGCGGCGGCGGCGGCUACAGUGCCAUGCCGGACGCCAUCAUCCGCACCAAGGACUCCAUCGCGGCCGGCGCCAGCUUCCUGAGCGCGCCGGCUGCCGUGCGGGACUGGCGGCAGUGCCUGGAGGCCUGCUGCCUCGAGCCGCGCUGCUCCGUGGCCGUGGUGGAGCUGCCCCGCCGGCCCGCGCCCCGGGCCGCCGCGCUCGGCUGCUACCUCUUCAACUGCACGGCGCGCGGCCGCAGCGUCUGCAAGUUCGCACUGCACCGCGGCUACAGCAGCUACAGCCUCAGCCGCGCCCCGGAGGGCGAGCAGGAAGGCCUGGAAGCUGGCGCCCCGGCCACCGCCCGGGCCUCGCCGCGGCCGGAAAAGGACGAGCCUCCACUUAGCAAGGCCGGGCAAGAUGUUGUUUUGCAUCUGCCCACAGAUGGAGUGAUUCUGGAUGGCCGUGAGAGCACAGACGACCACGCCAUCGUCCAGUAUGAGUGGACACUGCUGCAGGGUGACCCGUCAGUGGACAUGAAGGUGCCUCAGUCCGGAACUCUGAAGCUGUCCCACCUACAGGAAGGGACAUACACCUUUCAGCUGACGGUGAUGGACACUGCUGGGCAGAGGAGCUCUGACAGCGUCUCGGUGACCGUGCUUCCCGUGGCCUUCUCCGCAGGAGGAUGCUCGAAUGUUUGCUCACGCUACCACUUCUUUUGUGAUGACGGCUGUUGCAUUGACAUCACGCUGGCUUGCGAUGGAGUGGAGCAGUGUCCUGAUGGGUCUGAUGAAGGUUUCUGUCAAAAUCUGAGCCUUGACCGCAAGAUGGUGACCCACACGGCUGUGGCACAGCCUAGACCCACCGGACCAAGCAAAGAUGCAGGCAGGGGCUCCUUGCGGGAAAAGUCCCAGAAAGCCACUGCUCCAAAACAGCCACCUGCGUCAUCAGCCAUGGAAAAGAGGAAUCAUUCUGCCUUUUGGGGACCAGAGAGUCUCAUUGAUCCUGGGAUGCCAGAUAGUGGUUCCUCAGGGAAGCACAGAAAAGAGGAAAAUUAUAUUUUUGAGUCAAAGAGCAAUCGACGAGGAGGGGAACACCCAGCCCCAGAAGCAGUUUCUAUCACACCUUCCGAUAUAAGACUGGAUCUCACUCUCACAGAGCACUCCAACUAGCUCUGGAUGCCUCAGUCAGAGAAGGAUGGAAAGCUGGUGAGAAACAAGAGAAUGUUCGUAAGAAAGCACUAGGAUGAGUUCUUGAAUUAAUCCUGAAGAAAUUCUGAAAGAACAGAAAUCAUCUAGCCUGGCAAGAAACUGACUAGGGAGCUUUUUACAUAAUUCUCAUGUGAGAGGAGAAAAUGUAGGCAACCCUUUUCAACCACAUUCUAUCCUUACCACCACUGCCUUAAUUCAGGCCACCAUCACUGUACCCCUGACUUGCUACAGGUACCUCCUAUUUCUGACCCUAGUUUUGUCCCUUUCCAAUCUACUCUCUACCCCACUGCCAGAAUUAUCUUUCUGAAAUGGAAUUCUGAUUGCUUCACUGCCUGGCUUAAACAAUCCCUCCCUACCGCCCUCAAGGCAGAGCCAACACACCACACUCUAACUGCCUGUUUGUCUUGUCUCUACUUGACUAUAAGUUCCACGAAAAUGGUCAGUUUCAAAUUCACAGCUGUGUAUUCCUGGCCUUAAAGCAGUGCCUACAUAGUGGGCACGCAAACACUUGUUGAAUUAAUGAUGUAUUAAGAAGGUCCUCACACUGAAAAAUAUUUAACAAAUUUAACAACAGAACAAAUUGCCAAAGAAAAGUAUUAGAUGUUGCUUUUCCAAAGGCAAUUUAAAAUAAAGGCUUUUUUCUUUUUUUUCCUGACUAGGACAGUUUACGCAUAGAUUAGCCUGACGGGGAUAGAAAUAGGGCACACAAAAACUAGAUGUCCUCUCAAAUCUAUUCCACACCUAAAUUUAAAAAGCAGCAGACGGGGACUUCCAUGGUGGUGCAGUGGUUAAGAAUCCGCCUGCCAAUGCACAGGUUUGAUUCCUGGUUUGAUUGGGAGGUCCGGGAAGAAUGGGAGAAUUUUGCAAUUUUGCAAACCUCCCAUGCACAGGUUUGAUUCCUGGUCCGGGAAGAUCCCACAUGCCGCAGAACAACUAAGCCCGUGCACCACAACUACUGAGCCUGCGCUCUAGAGCCCACGAGCCACAACUACUGAGCCCACGUGCCCCAACUACUGAAGCCCUUGUGCCUAGAGCCAGUGCACUGCAACAAGAGAAGCCGCCGCAAUGAGAAGCUCACGCACCGCAAUGAAGAGUAGCCCCCGCUCACCGCAACUGGAGAAAGCCUGCAUGCAGCAACGAAGACCCAACGCAGCCAAAAAUUAAUUAAUUAAUUAUUUUAAAAUAAAAAGCAGCAGAGGUAUUUGCUGUAUGGGAGGAAAGGGGAAGGAAAGAGGUGGUGAGAGCUGACUUCAGACUACAUCUGGCACAGGGCCUCUUCCUCUCUGACUUCCAGUUAAUUCUGCCCCAUACGAUGCCCUGGCAGAGAGAAGAGGGCGGGAGGAGAGAAAACUGAGGUGAUUCAUAGAUGUGGGAGUAGCUGCUUCCCUCUAUCACUACAGCUCCUGUCAGGGACCACACCCCACCCCCGCUUCUGCUGUCCCUGCUCUCAGUGGGUUCUAGUAAAAUUGUUUCCUUACCUUUAGGUCUAGAGUGGUAACAGCUUCCUACUAUCACCCUGGGAACCCCUGGUCCCUGGGUAUGUCACAUUCUUUACUGGUUCCCAUAACCUUUCCCAUAUUUCUUUGAAUAGUCCCUUCAUUAAAGUCACUUCAAAACCCUAGCUGAGCACACUUUCUGUUUCCUGCCUGUGACCUUGACUGAUAGUUUAUGAACACAAACAGAAAUAGCAACUUAGGGUCUCUUAAUAUUUUAAGUUGACCGUUGAUGUUUUACCCUUUCAAACAUCCUAUUUUCUAGUAAUUUCUUUCAGUACAAAUUUUUUUUUAAUGUGGCAGUUGUUUUUUUCCGAUUUCAUUUCCAGAGUUUGUUUUACCUUUAUAUUCUUUAAACUUCAUGAUUUACAACUAAGUAACUGAUUAUCUCUGUAAUUAGAACUACAUCUUUGGAUAUAGGAAAAUGUGUUUGAACAGAAAAUUUGCAAUAGAAAAAAUUAGAAAGUCAUCCUAGUACAACUAAAGAAAAGUUUCCAAUGAUGCAUACAUGUAAAAUUGCUCAAUGUUUUAAAAAGUUGAAGGCCCAAAAGAAAACCAAGUGUAUAUAUAUAUUUAAAUAUUUGGUAAAUGAUUGAACAAUUGUCCAUAGAUUUAAAAAUUAUUCUAAAUUUAAUACAAAUAGUUUAGUCUUAUCAAGGGUAAAAUACAGGUGUGUGGAAGCCUGAAGCUUAUAUAAUUGGGUAAGGGGGGAACCUCUUUAUGAAGGAAAACAAAAAGGUAGGCUAAAAAUAAGACUGUGCAUAUAAAAUUUGGUAUAAGGCCAUGAAGGACCCAAAGCAAGUGAGGGCCCUGAAGCUUAAGUUUCAUUAGCUUCAAGCUGAGUCCGCCUCUGGUUAUAAAAACUAAAAUCCUUUUUAUAAUUCCUUCAUCAUUAAAUUAUGGUACUAAUAAUGUGUAUAAAAGGAGAAAUUUUAAACUUAUUAAUGAAAAUCUGAACUCUUACUUGAUACCAAAUUUCAGUGAUUUCAAUGAUAUGUCUGCCCCUUUUAUACAGCAAUCAUACAAUUAUGUAGUUAUGUAACCAGACUGGAAGCAAAAGGAACUUCGUAACUAUAUCUGAUUCUAACUGACAAGACUGAUAGCUUUUUAAAACUUUUUUUAAAGAAGUGGCUGUGCUCCAGUUAGAAUUCAAAGAAAAUAGCUAUAACUACAUUAGGUGAAGAAUUAAAAUGCAAUUCCUAGUAAGGUAUCCCAGCAAUGGCCAAUCAAAAUUAGUCAAAAGUAAAACUCAUUUUUGAACAAACUGAGUUAGAUUCAUUACCAUUUUUGCCAUUACCAUUCAUUCAAAAGGUGCCUUUCCUCUUUCCAGAAAACAAAACUGAGAGGUCUAUUAAACCUAUAAUCACCAGUUUACUUAUUAAGAAAUCAUCUUAAAAUAAGCACCUCUGUCAAAUAAAAGUAGAUUCUAAAACAAGGAAGCAGUAAGGCCUUUCUUAUUCUGGCAUUUAAUUUCAAGUAGACUUGGCUAAUGUCACUCUUACUUACUGAUCUCACUCCCUCCCACUGGAGAGAGUGGGAAGGGAAAGAAGGAAGAGAGGAAAAAGAGAAAUCUUGGCUUCAAACGAAAUAUCCAGAUUAUGCUGAGACACAGAAACAAAAGUGGGUGUUAAGAUGCGCCAUGCUGUACUGAAGAUUAUGCUACAUGCUGUUGGCCCUUUGGGAAGGUGUGUGAGACCUGGGCACUCACUUACAGAAUCCCCUCCCCUCCCCGGGAACUUAGAGUAGCUUAAAAAUUGGCCAGCCUGUUCUAUAAAAUGGUGGGUUUCUUCCUUAUAGUGGUUCUGAAAUAAGAGUGGAAUGUAAAACAGGCACAGGUUGUCAGACGUCUAUGAACCUGAUUGAAAGAGAGAAAUCAAGCUGAGAGGGAGAAUGUCCUCUCUGGGAUUCUGACACCUUCGAAAACUGGGACAAGAGUAUCUUUUCCCUUCUUUCUCUUUACAACAAUGGUAUAAUAGAGAUGAACUGGGGCAGGAAAUGAUGACCCCUUCUCUUCAGAUGACAGCCUUUGUUUCCAUGACCGUACAACAGCUAUAAAAAUGAGUUGCAAAUAUAGAAACAGAGUGGCUGAUACUAAAAUAAUCUUAGAAAGUGUGGCUGAAAGCCUCUUUAAAAAGAAAAACACCUUUGUGCCAACCAAGUCUCACCCCCCUUUCCCAAAGAUGAGUUAAAUCAAAAGGACAGACCAUGCAAAACUUUUCUACAUUUUUAAUGUAGCGAAUUUCUGAUGUUAAAAUGGAGCAGCACAAAGGUGACAACCGAAAAAGCAGCUCUUGUAGUCUAAUCUCUUAAAAUCCACACCC